AUGUUAAACUUAACUUCAUUUCUGACCCUCACAUUCACAAGCAGUUCAAAGAUUCCAAUUCAGAUAAAGACUGGAACUUUAAUGAGAUCUUCAGUAGCUUUUACCACGGGACUGAUACUUUCAGUCGGGAGCCUGACAUCUUGUUAUGAUAUUCAGCAGACAUUUGAAAGUGUCAGAGAUAUCACAAGACCUCACGCAGUUAGAGUGAACAUUCACCAUUUGGACAAGAGGGAUACAGCACCGGCUUUUAGUUCCUUGCAAGAUGAAUGGUCAGCGGAUGUCGUCGGGAUGCAGGCAAUGAGGUUCGAAAAGUCGACUGCUGUGGCUGAGAUUUGCGCGAAGGAACUUCACAAUAUUGAGUCAGCAGGGCAGCUUUAUCAGCUACAACAAAGUUGCAGAACACUAUCUGGCACAUUACAGAUCAGCGAUUUCAUAGAUCCCGUCAUAGACCUUGGUGGGUUGCAGAACAUCAAUGGUGAUUUCAUAGUAGAAAAUCUUCCUGAUGUAGUUAGAAUACAAGCUCACAACCUUGCCACCAUCGGUGGGACCUUUAAGAUCGACAGCUUGACAUCAUUAACAAGCAUCUAUUUUCCGGUUUUGCACCACUUUGAUGCAAUUGAAUGGAAGGUCGUCCCCACCUUGACAUCAUUAAGUUUAGCCCCCAAUAUUAGUCACGCAAAAAGGCUGACCCUUUCAGACACGUCAUUGAUUGGAAUAGAUGCGCUGGAAAGAAUUGAGGACCUCGACAUACUCAACAUUAACAACAACAGAUUCCUAGAAUAUGUCAAAAGCAAUGUAAAGCAGGUGAACGAGCAGCUAAGUGUGUCCUCAAACUCUAAGGAAUUGAGGAUUGAUUUUCCAUCCUUGAUUUGGGCGAAUAAUCUCACUGUCAGAGAUGUGGCUUCGGUUACUUUCCCUCAGCUGCAAUAUGUCAAUCAAUCAUUUGAAGUAAUUGAAAACAACUUUGAAAGAUUUGAGACUCCCCUCCUCAAAACGGUGGGAGGAACGUUGGGAGUCAUUCAAAAUACACAUCUUUCUCACAUCGAUUUUUCAAAUGUCACGACAAUUCAAGGUGGCUUGAUGAUCGCGAAUAACUCCAAUGUCGAUAAAAUUGAUUUUUUGCCUGAGUUGCGUGAAAUUGGAGGUGCCAUUCAAUUCAUAGGUACAUUUCACGAGACGGUUCUACCUAAGCUGAGGCUGGUCAGAGGAAGUGCUCUGGUUAGAACUACAUCAAGCGCAAUGGACUGCAGCAAAUGGACAACCUCAAUCAACGGGAAUUCUGUGAUCAGAGGUGGAAAGAUUGUCUGCACGUCAGGUCAGACAAGAAAUACAGCUCGGGUUAGUGAAGAUGGGCAGCUGCUGGAUCAUCAUGAGACUCAAUUGGAUGUAAAGCCGGACACUAUCCAAAAGACAAGUUUGGCUUCUGGAACUUUAGACAAAUCGAAGUUACCAGCUUUCGCGUGGUCAUUGUCAUUGGGUUGGAUUGUCACCAUGAUUUGCUUGGUUGCAACACAGUAG